CGGGAGGCGAAAGAAGAUUCAACAUAUUUUGAUUCAUUCAAUUUUCAUGAUUGUACUCAUUUGAUUUUACUCAUUUCGGAGCUAUGAUGUCUCCACUCGUAUUAAUGUUGACUACCGUCGUCGUGCUCUGUUCAGGCGCAGACCCUGUCAUCGACCAGUCUACUACUCAGUCAUGUGACUUGUUGAGGCUUUACCGAAUUGGGAUGUUUGGACCCCACGAUGGGAGCCUGGGGCGAAGCGAAACAUGACCCCUUUCGACUCAUCGAUUUGCGAAAUCUACUUGUGACUACGCCUAGAUGUCACGCCUUCUCAAUCUGCCCAGCGAACUGCUCGCUCGCACAUUUUCUUAUGUGGAUCGUCCAUCAUUAAAGUCGCUGCGCCAAUCCUGCCGUUUCAUAUCACAGCUGGCCACCGAUCAGCUCUUCAGGACAGUGCACCUGCAGCCCGGCAAGACAAGUCAACGCCUCUUACAAGAGAUUUUGAACAAUCCCAGUCUACGUCGGAUUCCGCGAAAGAUCUACAUAGACACCGUAGACGAAAGUCUUAAUUACGAUGAUGAAGAAGAGCAAGAAUGGCCCCAAGGCUGGGACAAUCUUGUUCCACAAGUGAAAGAAUUGCCUCGGCUGAAUGCCGCCGUUCUGUGCUUCGAUAAGGGGUUUACUUCAGACAGCGGGGAUCAUGAUUGGCUCCAUUAUUGGGACUUCCCCCAGACGCCUCGAUUUCGCUUCCACGCAAUGCAUAAGCUCUUCUCUCUUCUCGAAUCCUUACGGCAGCCAAUUCAAGAUCUUGGUAUUCGCAACCUGCAAGCGGAUAACCCCAAAGAUCCGGAAACACUUGCCAAAAUGUCAAAGGUCCUGUCGGGCCUACUGUCCCUUCACCUAAGCAUUACUAGUGAGACAAAUGACGCCGCCCCUGAGCAUGAUCUCGAGUAUGCGGAAAUCCGCAAGUUUUUCAAGGAGUUACCCAGCACAUGGCUGAGUUCCGCUGCACCUUCUCUCCAACAUCUCUCGCUCUGCUCGCGUGAAUACUCGGGCUUUUACCCUCACCUGGAUCUCUCAAAUCUGUUCUUUCCACGCCUAAAGACGCUAUCACUAGGAAACUUCUGUUUCUUCCAUGAUACCCAAAUCGACUGGAUUCUGAAGCAUGGCGACACUCUCGAGGAAAUCUACUUCGAUGACUGCGCCGUCCUCUACGACUUUGGUAUGAUGGAAGAGAAUGUGGACGCUUGUGCUCUGCCUAGGGACACCUUGGUGCGCCGCGAUGGCGAUAAUGUAUCUUUGUAUGGUUCGUUCGAGAAGCGAUGGCACCAUAUUUUCGAUCUAUUUGCAGAGAAACUGCCAAAACUGCGACACUUUCGAAUCGGCCAUAGUACUUGGUACCCGGAUAUUCCAUUUGAGCAGGAGAUGGAUAUUAGAGUCGGACUGUAUUUCAAUCGGUACAUGUGCUGCUAUGAUGGAUAUGGCCCUACGCCUUAUAUGGAAGGUGAGAAUCCCAAAAAACGCACAACUCUUGAGAAUGAAUGGAGACCGUCUCCAGAAUGUGACGAUGAGGAUCGCGCGGCACUACGGAAACUAUUGGCAAAGCUUGGACAAUCGGUCCAGGAAAGUUAUUCGGAUACACGCUUUGGUAAUCGUAUAGUGGAUUUGGUUCAGAGGAGAUAGGUACGGAACCGCAGAGUGAUACAGUAUCCAUGGAUUGCACUCACUUGGGUCAAAGAGCCUCCUCCUAGGCAGGGCUUAUAAGGUUGGAAAUUAUGCGGACGGUUUCUAAGACGGGGCUGGGGGUUAUUGGCAUUUGAUUAGUGAUUGCUUAACAUUUAAUAUGAUGUUACAUAUGAGAAAACAGGAAUAUAAAUUUCCGGGGCCAUCUUCACAG